GGAUGAACCAAUGCCUGAAAGCUUCGAAGUCCUCGGUCAUUUGUACCGUUUUGCGACGAAGGGGGACGUUUUCUUGCUCAGCAUCGGUGUCCUGGCGGCCGUAACACAUGGAGCGAGCUUUCCUGUGCUGGCAGUCCUAUUCGGCAGAAUGGUAGACAGCUUCUUAGUCGCCUUAAAGGAUUCAGAAAAGCCGAGGACAACAACUGAGGCAGCGGAGCCAUUGCUGGAGACAAUUCCUAACGAGGCAGACAGUAUUUGGACUCAGCUGGGGCUGAGCACUUUCUACCGAGGCAAAGUGAGUCCAUAG